UUGAAAUCGCUAAUUUUACCAGUAAGUUUUAAUUUUUUCACUAACUUUUUGGAUUGUAUUCCUUCUUUUUCAGAAUAUUUCAUUUGCAAUUGUAUCGAAAGAAAAAUCGAACAAUUCGAAUCAACAAUUUGGCUUGAUGAAAGAUAAUUCUGAUAUUUUGGAUAUAAACUUAAGGUAACAUUAUUAUUAUUAUUAUUUAUUUUGAAACUAGCAAUUAUUUUGGUUUCCCUCAAAUUGUGGGUGAUUAAAUUCGAAAAAAAAUUGAUUUAAAAAACGGUUUUUCGAUGUUUGCUGAAUCUGAAUUUUUUCUAAAAAAUGUUUUUUUUACAAUUUUUUUCGAUUUGGAUCACUUCAGCCAGUGAAUAAUUCUGAAACUUGAUACGAGCUGAGAUAUUCUCUUCUCAUGGGACACAUGUCUUCCAACUGUUUUGGUGACAUUCUUCCUACUAGAUACUGUUGACGCCCGUCUUGAUGUAACUUGAGUAUUGUUUUUUAUUACCCCCCCCCCCCCCCCGUCAUAAGUUAUAAUAAAUCACAAUUUGCUAUUUUUUUUCAAUUUUCAGAGACUACACAUUUCAUUGCUCAUGUUUAUUGGACAUUUAUCGAUUUGUGAUGUUCAGCGCUGAUGUCAGAUUUUCUUCGAUUUUUCCAGGUUAGUUCCAAGGGUUUUUUGGGACUAGACUAGAUUUUGAGAUUUUUGGGGACUAAUUUCUGAAUGUCAAAAAUUUUCUAGAAUCUGGAAUUUUUAGGCCACCAAUUUAUUUAUCCAAUUUUUUCCAAAAAUCUAUUUUCAUAGAAUUUUUCAAACUUUUUUUUCCAAAUUCAUUGUAUCUUGCUCUAAUUAAGUUAUCUCUAUUUAUCAAAAGAAAUUUUUGUUGUUUCGAAAAAAAGUUGUUGUAACUAACUACAAUUAUUUGCUAAUUCUAUGUAUUCAUACUUUUUUUUCAAAUAAACAUCUGCAUUUUCUUUUAUUUUCUUUUCUUUUUUUGUUGACACCUGUUUUAGAAAAUUUGAUCAUUAGUUUUUCUUUCUUUUUUUCUUGAUUUGAGUUAGGGGAACUUUAAAUUGAGGGGUUUUUUUUCAAAUUAAAAUGUAUUCACUUCAUUCUCAAAAAUAUCCAAAAUUCUAGGCCGAUAUAUGGGCUUAUCUAAUCUCUGAAAACUCUAGUAAAUCUCUCUGAAAUCUAGGUUUUAAGUCCAGGCUUCUCUGAUUUCUUCUCACCAUUUUCUAUUAUUUUCAUUCUCCACUUCCCCCCUGUAUAUACAUAAAUCCCCUCCAACAUAGCCGAUUCAAAGAUCAUUGCAAUUUCUGUUCCUAGGAACCUCCUAUUCAAGCUCAGCUUGAAAAUCAGGCGGUAUUUAUAUCCUAGAAGACAAUUCCUGGUGCACCGCUUGGAAUUGUGUAAUGAUCUUAUCGGAACUAUGUUUUGGCCCUUUUUGAGGGUGCGAAUAAUGGAUGUGGUGGAGUUGAAGUUAGCCUAACUCUCGGACUGAACAUUCAGGAAUUAGAUUGCUUGGAUUAGGCGAAAUAUUUUGGACAUUUUAGAUCUGUGAACACGAAAUAAAUUUUAAUUAAAACUUCCCAAAGUACUUCCACUAACUCCAAACAAAACAGGUGUUUUUUUUCCAUUUGAAAAAAAAGUAGGAAUACAUAUAAUUAGCAAUUUAUACUAAUUACAACAACUUUUUUUUGAGACAACAAAAAUUUCUUUUGAUGAAUGAAGUUAGCUUAAUUAGAACAAGAUACAAUGUAAUUAAAAAAGUGAUUGGAGUUGAAAAAUAGGGAGAAAGGUUUGGAGCAAAAAUAGGUGGCUUUCAGAAGUUGGAUUCAAAAAAUAUUUUAGAAAUUCAGAAAAAUUCUUGGGGAAGGGGGGGGGGUAGUUUUUGAAGAUCCAAACUCUGAGGAUCGGGUUUUUCCAAGAUUUUUGAAAUAAUUCAAAAUUCUGGAUUUCUUGAAUUUCUAGAAGGAUCAUUCAUUUUUAAUGGAGCUUAAUUAUUUUUGAAAAUUUUCAAAGUGUUCAAAGUAUUCAAGUUAACUUGAAAGGGUUUUGAAAAUUCAGCUCGAGGCUGAUCUCGACGAGUUUUUCAAAAAUGAAAGCUCAUAGGAGCUCAAUUUUUUCUAGAUUUUUUUAUCCAAAAAAAAAUCUUCAAAGCAUUUUUUUCACAGUUUUUAUUUUGUUUUCCAAUGUUUUUUUUUUAAUUUUGAACGUAAGAAGCUACGCUUAAAAAAUUCAACGUAAGAUACGGAAGAAAAAAGAAAAAGAAAAAUACGAUUGGAUAAGGCUGAAACACUUCGAAGAAACAGGAAAAGCUGCUGAACUUCUGAAAUGGCGAGGUCGAAAAAAAACGAGAAGCCUCCGACCGAAAAAGCCUUUGAGAAGGAAAUCGCGAAAGCCAGAAGAACUCAGCUUGAGAAGGUCGCUAUAUAAUUCGGAAUUGUCAUUGUGCAAGCCAACUCGUCUCAAAGUGGUUCUGGCGAAGCUCAACCAUCGAUCUCCGAAACAAGUCAACAAUCACCAACACCGGCUGCAAAACUAAUUGGCUCGCAAAAGAUUUCACGGUGAAACCAUUCAUGACGAUGCAUGGUGAGCAAUUCGACAUCCAUUUCUACCCGUCCAACGCGUAUGAGAAGAAGAUCAAGGGCUGCUCUUGGUGCUAUGGUCGCAACACGGAAUUCCAUCACCCGACACAAUGUGAGUGCCUCCAUGACCACCAAAAGCGCCUAAUUUUGUUACUCGGACGGAGAUGCUGGGGCUGUUUGGAGGCUGGGCAUAUGAUCGACGACUGUCCAAGAUUUGCUGGACAAGUGUGCGUAGGAAUGCAAAGGAAACCCAUCGAAGAAUCAUUCGGAUGUUGA